GCGAUAGCAACUAACCAACCCAACUCCCUAUUUUCCAUUUAUAAUCCUCCCAUACUAUAUUUUCCUCACAGCCCUGCCUUGCCUAUGAGAGAAAAGAGAAAGAGAGAGAACAGAUUUUCGGUUUUCUCUCAUUCUCUAUUUUCUCUAAUUUCCUCAAAUUGUUUCCUCAUUUCUCAAUUUUUGGAAUAAUUUCAGAGCUGCUUCAGGUGUUACAUAAACGACGUCGAAACAGCCAAAAACACGAAGUUUUUGGAGCAGAAAAUCCAAGUGAUUUUCAGAGUUGUCUGUGCCUGGUUGUGAUACAGAUAAUCUGCACAUGGAAUCAGUGAAGAUUCUUCCACCGGCCACCAACAUUCCUGGAAAGGGACACUGAAUUCUCACUCUCCAAGUCUUGUAGAUAUAGAAGGUGAGAUAUGGGAGCAGCUGAGGAGGAGGAGCCAAGUGGUGCUGAGGAGAAAAUUCUCGUUUCCGUUCGGCUGAGACCUUUGAAUGAGAAGGAAACUGCAAGGAAUGAUGUAUCAGAUUGGGAAUGUAUCAAUGAAAAUACAAUCAUAUAUAGGAAUAAUCUUUCUGUUUCAGAGAGGUCCAUGUACCCAACUGCCUAUACAUUUGACAGAGUAUUUAGGCCUGAUUGCUCCACAAGGCAGGUAUACGAGGAAGGAGCAAAGGAAGUUGCUCUUGCAGUUGUCAGUGGUAUAAACUCAAGUAUAUUUGCAUAUGGACAAACAAGUAGUGGAAAGACAUAUACCAUGAGUGGAAUUACCGAGUAUACUGUAGCAGAUAUAUAUGACUAUGCUAACAAGCACAAGGAAAGAGAAUUUAUUUUGAAGUUCUCUGCCAUGGAGAUUUACAAUGAAUCUGUCAGGGACCUCCUUAGUGUGGAUACAACUCCUCUUCGACUUCUAGAUGAUCCAGAGAGGGGGACUGUUGUUGAGAGACUUACAGAGGAAACUCUAAGGGAUUGGAAUCAUUUUAUAGAACUUCUAUCUAUCUGUGAAGCUCAGAGACAAAUAGGGGAGACUUCCAUGAACGAAACAAGUUCCAGAUCUCAUCAGAUUCUGAGACUGACAAUUGAAAGUUCUGCACGUGAGUUCUUAGGCAAUGACAAGUCAAGCAGCCUUGCAGCCACUGUGAAUUUUGUUGAUCUAGCAGGAAGUGAGCGUGCAUCUCAGUCUUUGUCAGCUGGAAUGAGGUUGAAAGAAGGGUGUCACAUAAAUCGCAGUUUACUAACAUUGGGAACGGUUAUUCGUAAGCUAAGCAAAGGAAGGAAUGGGCAUAUUCCUUUUAGAGAUUCAAAGCUGACCCGCAUACUGCAGUCCUCCUUAGGAGGCAAUGCUAGGACUGCCAUCAUCUGUACAAUAAGCCCUGCACGAAGUCACGUUGAGCAGUCUAGAAACACUCUCCUGUUUGCAAGCUGUGCAAAAGAAGUGACAACAAAUGCACGUGUCAAUGUGGUCGUAUCUGAUAAAGCAUUGGUAAAGAAACUUCAAAGAGAAUUGGCUAGACUGCAGAGUGAGCUGAGAAAUACAGGAUCAAAUUCUGUCAUUUCAGAUUCCAUAUCACUAUUGAGAGAAAAAGACCUUCAGAUUGAAAAGCUAAAGAAAGAAGUCUUGGAGCUGAAUCAGCAAUUAGUACUAGCUCAUUUGCAGGUUGAGAAUCUAUUAAGAGUGGCUGAAGAUGAUAGAUCUUCAACAAUCUCAGCAGAUCAAGAUCGUCAUUACCCUAAAUUGCGAGUGCGUCAUUCAUUCAAAUCUGAAAAUUCAGUAUCAUAUUCACCUGUUUCAGAGCAGCCUCACUUCCUACAUAUUGGCAUCAGGUCUUUUGUUGAAUCUCAGUGCUCUGUUGGAGACAAUAGUAGCAUUUCUGAUGAGAACUUUAUCCAACUUGAAGACUUUGAAGGGGAUUAUGUUCGAGCGAAUUCCUCUCCUGAACUGCCAACAUCUAUUGCUAAUUUUGUUGAAAAUGGUGUGCAUAAGAAGGAUAGCAAAGACCAUGCUCUGGAAAAUUUAGACAAUCCUUGCAAGGAAAUCCAAUGCAUUACAGUUGGAGAGUUUAGCACAAAUGGUUAUGCAAAUUCAGAAAUGUUAGAGACUGGACCACAGAGAUAUGCAGACUCUAAUAUUUCAUCUCCUAAUGUAAACACAGGCACCCCAGGAUUGACAGAGGCUAAGAAUGAAGUUACAGAAAUUCAGGAAUUAGAGUCACCCUCAAUUAAGGAACAGAAAGAGUUGAAUGGCUUGGAUUCUGAUUUUAUAGUAUCCUCCCCUGAAAAACCAUCUCCUAAGGAACAGAAAGAGUUGAAUGGCUUGGAUUCUGAUUCUAUAGUACCCUCCCCUGAAAAACCAUCUCCUAAGGAACAGAAAGAGUUGAAUGACUUCGAUUCUGAUUCUAUAGUACCCUCCCCUGAAAAACCAUCUCGAUCGCUGCCUGAUGAAGGCAUGUUUAGGUCAAGAAGCUUGAAAAUGGUCAGGAGUAGAAGUUGUAGAGCAAGAUUAAUGAGCAUGCCUACGUAUUUCUUAGAGAGGAUGGAAAGCAAUGAGGGCAUAACAUCAAUGGCGUUUGGGAAUGAUUUUACCGCGAGAACUGAGAAUUCUCAGAGGAAAUAUUCUGCAUUGAAACAUGGUGUUGAUGUUCGAGAAUUUUCAAGAAAUGACUCAUCGGCUUCUGUUGGUAGCCUUGCUGUUGAUGACUAUCAAUUGCAGAGUAUUGUAACUUCUAUUGAUUGGAAGAGUACUACCAGUGUCAGCAACUCAGAUGCGGGAAUUAAGUCCUCAGAUGAUCAUUCGGACCAAGAAACAAAAUCAAAGUCCGUUGGAUCUAAAAAGAAUGUAAAAGAUGUUGGGCUGGAUCCAAUUCAAGAUGAAUUAGAUAGUGAUCUGAAGUGGCGUUCAGAAUUUAAGAGGCUCCAAGGGCAGAUUAUUGAACUUUGGCAUGAUUGCAGUGUCUCACUGGUUCACAGGACCUACUUCUUCCUGCUGUAUAAAGGUGAUCCCACAGAUUCUUUCUACAUGGAGGUUGAGCUCAGGAAGCUGUCCUUCCUCAAGGACACAUUUUCUCGAGGUGAUGAAACUAUUGUUGAUGGAAGAAUCGUGAGUCUUGCUUCAAGCAAGAGGGCCUUGGAUCAAGAGAGACAGAUGCUAUGUAGACAGAUGCAGAAGAGCCUCUCCAAAGAAGAGAGGGAGAACCUUUUUCUGAAAUGGGGUAUUUCAUUGAGUUCAAACAAUAGAAGGGUGCAAUUGGUUCAUCAACUAUGGACUAAGACAACAGACAUGGACCAUAUAACCGAGAGCGCUGCUGUUGUAGCCAAACUGGUUGGUUUUGAAGGGCAAGAGAAAACUUCGAAGGAGAUGUUCGGACUUCUGAAUGUCACACCACAACUCCUAAACAGGAGAAAAUCAUCCAUUUGGAGGCGCCGUGUAUUAUCUCUUCUCUUGGAAGAAUGUUGCAACUUCUUGCCUUUGAUCUGCUCUGCCCUCAGGAUGUACAUUGCUUUACAGUAUACUAUAUUAUUUUUCAUAUAAACUGCCUUUGGUAUUAGUUUUGUGCCUGGGCGCGAUGAAGUUAACAGUAAGAAAUGGAGCAACAGAAUGAAUAUCAGCAACUCAAAAACUUCUUGUUUGCAAAUGUAUGGGACACACUGAAAUUUAAAUUAUGUUCAUAGUUGAGUUUAAUAAAAUUAAAUUUAUUGAUUUAAAAUUA